CUCGGCCAGAGUCUCUAUCGCAGCUCCGGAGGCGCGAAAAGAACCGCCAGCGCCAUAGAACGCCGCCGGAAGAAGCCACUAUACGUAUCAGUAUCCCUUAACGUUAUAAGCGAUUCGUUAACGUUCUAUCGGGGAAAAAUCUAUACGGCCCCAACGGAGCCGCUGCGAGCCCGUAUACUUCUCGAUAGUGGGGCCAGCAAUACCUUUGUCUCCCUAUAUAUUAUUACGAAGUUAGGCGGGACCGCAAAAAUCCGAAAACCUAAAACUCCCCUUAUAGUGACUGUCGCCAAUAGGAAACACGAUAUAUACCCUACGAAUAGGUCGUAUAUAAUCGUAAAAGGAGACACCUACACACGUAUCACGAAUCCUACGGAAGAGAAAUAUAUAAGCGCGGCUCUUUAUAGUACGGAAGCUUACAAGAGCGCUUUUAGGAAAAUCAAAGGCCUACUGAUAUCCGCACUAGUCCUAAAGCAACCCGAUCGGAAUAAACUAUACACAAUUAAGACCGAUAUAUCUGAGUGGGACGACGAAGGAAUCCUCUAUCCGGUCGUAUAUAAUAGGCGGAAGCUCUACAGUACAGAGCUAAACUAUCCCGUCUACAAAAAAGAGCUCCUUACUAUUAAGAAAGCGAUUCUAAGCGCCUCGCGCGCUGGGUCGCCGAGUUCUAGGAAUAUCGGCGUCCCCGAGGAGGAUUGGCUAGCGGCGAUAAUCCGGUUCCUAGAAGAUAGAACGGAACCGGACGACCGCGCGACCGCUCGAGCUGUAAAGAGAUUUACUACGAACCUAAGUUUCCGGGAUAUUCCUAUUGAUAAGCGAGCGUCUCCGGAGGUUAACCGCCAGCUAAUCUAUACGUAUACAGACGGGGAGGUAUCCCUAUACCUCGAACCCCCGUUCCGUACCGACCUAAUACUCAAUACCUAUAAGGAGUUUAGCUACCUAGGAUUUCCGGGACUAUACAGAAUUAUCCGCCCCCGAGGAUACCUAGAACGCGAAGAAGCGCAGUAUAUAGUGGUAGUUAUACGUACCGUCCCGGACGCGACCGAAGAAGUUAUCGCUGAGUUCCUAUACCGCGAUAUUUACGUAUACUACAGUGUAUUCACAGAACUAAUCUUAGAUAAUAGCCCUAAUCUCCUCUCCGGAGUAGUUCGGUACUUUACGGAGCUAAUCAAAGCCUAA